UGACAUGGAUAAGCAUAUAUCGUAGCUUCUCACGUUCAAAAAUGAAUUACCUAUUCUGUAUUAUUCGUUUAGUCAACCCUUCCCACACGGUCAAUACAGAAAAUGAACCAAGUCCUCUCAAAAGCUUGUCAGAACCUUGAUAAAAAAGUCUGCUACCAAGGUAGAAGAGAAAAUCAAAUCCCAGCAUUGAGACAUUGUAUCCAAAAACGUCGAUGCUGAGACUGCUAUUGCUGAAGAUUAUGUAGCGAAGUCCCCAAUCAAAGCUGUGACAUUUUACAGACUAUUACUGAUUCUGUUCGCGGCGGCUUAAAUAACAUACAGCAUCGACUCAUAAAGCUUCUUCACAUCUUCGUAGUGCUGGAAAAUUUAAAGCACGCUUCCGAACGAGUGCUACAAAAGAAAAAAUUUUAAAGGAUCUGAUAAGAUCUUUUUUCUCUUCCAUUCUUACCUCUGAACAAAUUACUAAUCAGAUCCUGAACUAAAAAUGGCCAAGAAGAAGACUGUUAACACCAAGGUUGAAGCUGCCAACGCUCGUAAGGCUGCCGGUAAGGCUGAGAAGGAGAAUAAGAAGAAGGCUGAGAUCGAAGCUUUGCGUAGAAAGCAAGAAGCUCAAAAGCAAUUGGAAGAAGAAGAAAAGGCUCUUAAUAAGCCUAAGGCGCCCUCUAAACCCAAUUACACUAAAAAGGUCGUUUAUACUCCUAAUAAGCCUGCCUCUGCUGCGAAGAAGUCUACCGAAACUGCUCCUGCUGACAAGAAGGAGACCGAAGAAGCUGCCUCCAAUAAGAAAAAGACCAACAAUGUUGACAAAGUUCUCACUGAAAAUGAUAUUGAAAAGCAUCCUGAACGUCGUUUCAAGACCGCAUUGAAAGACUUUGAAGAAAGAGAGCUCAAGAAUUAUAGAGCUGAGUAUCCUGGUCUCCGUUUGAGCCAACUGAAGGAAAUAAUGUAUAAGGAUUUCCAAAAAUCACCCGAAAAUCCCUUCAACCAAGCCAAUGUUUUCUCUUACAAUACUUCCAUUGAGGAAGUCAAUCGUAUCAUUCGUGGUGAACCUGCACCAGCUAAGAAGAAGGAUGGUGAUGAAGAAAACGCUAACGAAAGUGAUGCUGAAGAAAACGAUGAGAAGAAGGAAGGCGCAGCUGACAAAGCUGCUGCCUCUCUCUGAAAAGGAAGUUGUUAAAGAUGGUGCUCACUUCCCUUUUGCUGCUGCUGCUGCUUCCGAAUGCGCUCCGCGAUGGAGGUGUAGGUGGAAAAUAGAAAAAAAUAGAAACC